CAAGAUUUUUUGCACACUGAUGGUGAGAACUAGCUUCUCCACUUUCCAGCAUUGGUCAAUCAACUACCUUUCACUCCCUGUGGAGAGGAUUUGGAGUUCAAGAAUUUUUUCACAUGGACUCGUAAAAAUUUCUUUGAACCAUGCCAAAGAAAUGGACAUUGAUGAAAAGUUACGAGAGCAGAGCAAGGUUCUCUUACAGAAAUUGAAAGCAAAGCAAGGCAGACUGCAGUGUAUGCUGAAUGCUAGUCAGAAUAAUGAUUCAAAAGUGAAAGAUAACACACAGAAAUAUCGCACAGAUUCCAAUACAUCACAACCACAAAGUAAUGGUACAAAACUACAUGAUGGAGAAACAAUCACCCAAUCUUCCAAGGAAAAUGGAAGGUCAAGAAUUAGAGUAUCCAAACCAAAGCAAAUUCAGAUAGAAAACAAAGAAAACUUUGAUCAAACCACUCAGUUAAAGCAAGGACUCCAAUCCAAAGAAAUGAUGCAGGAAGCUAAUAACAAGGGAAAAAUGUGUAAGCCUGGUGUUUCCUAUAGAAGGGCAGAAAAUGAAGAAAAGUAUGGGAAACAACCUCUGUCAAGCAGGGGAAAAUGUGAGAGAAAAGAGAGAGAUGCUUCCAUAUCAGAAAGAAGAAAGCUCAUUGAUCGCAAUGUUCAGGUUGAAGGGGAAGACAGGAGCUUUAUGCAAACAAAUGGUGGACUUAAUUUUAGUUAUUCAAGAUUUGAUGAAAGUGAGCUUGAUUUUGCAAAGUCCUGUAUGGAUGACUCUGCUGGGGAGGAGGAUCCUGAACAAUACUACGAUAGGCUUCAGGAGGCCGGGAAUGACAAAAGAGCAGCCAGGCUGAUCCAGGAGUCAGCCAAACCAAAAUCCAUACUACAGACUACAGGCCCUAAAUCACUUAAAAAGUCUCUGAGCCGAGUGAGUUUCCUGACCUCCCAGGACAGUCUAGGGAGUGACAUCGACCCCCAGGGGACGAGGCACCUGCUGGGGUAUGACUGGAUCGCUGCCCUACUGGACAAUGAUCGGGGCACUACAAGCCUUCCAGAGGGCUACUUUGAUGAACUGAGGGAAUUCAGACGGCUCAACAGAGAUGAAUGUGUGAAUAAAUUUUACAUGGAAGGCCCUGAAUCACUGUUUUAUGAGUCUUCUGACCCAGAACCUGUGAAGGAAAUACUUCAGGACACCAAGGUAAAACCAUACAUCGUGAACAAUCGGCUAUUCACAGAACCGCUAAAGAAUAAUCUGCUUCCAGGAGAGGAGUCUCCUAAUAACAGAAAAACAACAAAAAAACCUACCCAGGAGGAUCCCAGAUUUGUCAGAGUCAGUAUACCCAGAUCAACACUUUUAUCACCACAUCGUGUAAAACCACAUCGAAGAAAGAGUUUGGAGGACACAGAUUCCUUUUCGCUGUCUCAGCAUUGUAUGAAAGGAUAUGAGAAUUCUGUUCCCUCCAUGGUCCCGACAGCAUCCAAUAUUGGUCUACGUGAUGCCACACAGGGCCUCAAGUCUAAAAUGCAAACAAAUACAUGCGUGAAGACUCUCACAGAUGCUGAAAGAAUGGCAGCAAGUUUUCCUUACGCUUGGGAUACAUCAGCAGCUGAUCAGCUGAAGCCCGUGAAGUCCAGUCUGUACUCCUCUUAUCAGGACAUGACCCUUCCAUACAGCAUGCGCUCUAAUGUCCCCGGGGUAGGAGAGGAGUCCCUGAGGCUGAAGAAAGCCACAGAGGACCUGCUGAACUCCACCUACUCCUUGAUGUACGAGAUGCAGAAUAUCAAAAAGAACAGGGAAAUCGGAGUGUAAACAAACUAGACUGACCCUAUGAAAUGUGAUUAUUUAUGUUUUUAUUUUAUGUACUGAAGUUGUUUUAUAGCAUUAAAUUAUUUAAUUAUUCUAAUGAU